AUGAAACUCAGCACACCAUUCAAGCAUUCAUUAACAAACAUCCUCAACAAUUUUCCUGACACCAAAAUUUUGGUGAAUACUAGUACGAAUACCAUUACUGUCAACAAUAUCAGUACUGGUUCUACUGAAACAUAUACAAAGGAAGAUGGAGA